CAGAAAACAGAAUGGCGGCCAAAGUUGAUGGUCUAAGAAACGCCAUCGAUCAAGCGACCCAGGCAGGGGAGGAAUUUAGCAAUGUUUACUACGAGACUUUGGACAAACGACGCCACCUCAUGUCGAAACUUUACUCCGAGAAUACAACAAUCGUUUGGAAUGGAAAUUUAGUAAAAGGAGGAAGUGCUAAAGUGACGGAAUUUUUCAACAACCUUCCAGCCACGGAACACACACUCCAUUCUCUGGACUGUCAACCAGUUUCAGAUCAAGCCAUCCCUGGCCAAACAACAGUUCUAGUGGUGGUUGAGGGGUUGGUCAAAUAUGAUGGGCUCAAGAUGCAUCGGUUUUCUCAAAACUUUUUGCUGACUGCUGAGGGAGGAACUCUGUGGAAAGUGGCAAGCGACUGCUUCAGAUUUAUUGAAUGAAAGACUUGCUCGAAAUCAACAACAUUCUUUUGAAGUCAAGCCAAUAUUUACUCGGAUUAUUGGUUUCUGUAUAAAGUUGUGCUGCAUGUGUGCCCCUACAAGAGACAAGAUGUGAAAAAUGUAUGCUCUUAUGAAAUGUCUGGGAAAUGGACUGCCACAAGUUGUCACUGCCCUCUGCACAGUAGGCAGUGACACAAACCAUCAAUAUGUGGGACCUAGUGUGUGAUCUCAAACAAAAGAAACGAAAAAACUUAAACUUUCCAUGCAUUUAGCUGGUUCACUGCUGAAUAGAAAAAACCGACCAACAACAUUUUCAUUUUUUAGACAAUGUCAAAAUGUGUUUUAAGCAGAAUGUGCUGUGAGUUAGUUUCUUUCUUCAAGUACAUAACUCAAUAAUAAAUUCAUAAUUUUACUUUCUUUCUCCACAGUGAAUACAAAUAGUUUUGAAAGUUGAAAAUAAUGGGUCCCUCUCAUUUAUGGCUGGCAUCAGCUAUUCCCAUGUGAGAUAUAGUGGAACCUCGACUUAACGAACCUCUAUAUAACGAAGCCCUCUUUAUAAUGAACCAUACUUCAGUUUCAGCCCGGCUAAAGUUACAGUAAAAUGUAUAUCACAGAACCUUGAUAUAACAAACCCUCGAUGUAACAAACCAAUUUCCCCAGUCCCUUGGCACUUUGUUAAAUCGAGGUUCCACUGUAUUGAAGUUAAAAAAAAAACUGCAUAAAUGUGAACUUGAGGUUUAUUUAACUCUCUUGGAAUGACAAAGAGUGGCAAUAUUUUCAGAGCUUGGCUUGUUCAGUAACUCAUAUGUUAACCCCACUGGUGGAGGCUGACAAAAAAAGGAAGCUUGGCAAAAUUUUAAUAACUGAAAAGCCUAAACUUCUCAACCAUUCUCACAAUCCUGGAGGAAUGCUGUCACCAAAUCAACUACAGCUUAUGAAGGCACUGACACUGUAGCCUUUUUGGGCUCACGGUCAUACUGAUGAUUAAGACAAAUUUGGAGAGUUACAAAUGGCUGAAUACUGGGAUAGAACGCAUUCAUUCAUGACUCUCAUCUACAAUUUGCUUUAAUUUUUAAUUAUCUCCACUGAGUGAGACCUCUAUAACAGGCUGGGCCGUGAACCACAGUCAGUGUACAUACUGUGUGUUUUGCUGUUGUAGAAUUAAAAUAUAUACGGUGCUUCA